AUGAAGAGUAAGUAUAAGUAUCUGUGUUCUGUAGGUGGCUCUGAUGGCUCCCGCCUCUACGAUGGUGUGUGGCGCUACAAGUCCAGUGUGAAUGAAUGGACUGAGGUGUCCCCCAUGCUGAAGGCCCGUGAGUAUCACAGCUCCUGUGUGCUUAAAGGACAGCUAUACGUGGUGGCGUUGGACAGCACGGAACGCUAUGAUCAAGCUCUGGACUGCUGGGAGGCCCUGCCAGCCAUGCUGCAUCCCAUGGACAACUGCUCCACCACCGCAUGCAACGGACGCCUGUAUGCUAUCGGCUCUCUGACGAGCGAGGACACGAUGGCCAUCCAGAGCUACGACACCGACACAAACCACUGGAGCUUGGUCAACUGUGGACAACUGCCCCCAUGGUCCUUUACUCCAAAAACCGUCACCCUCAAUGGGCUCAUUUACUUUGUUAGAGAUGACUCACCCGAGGUUGAUGUUUACAAUCCUCUAAAGCACGAGUGGGACAAAAUUAGCCCCAUGACCCAGGUCCAUGUUGGAGGCAGCGUGGCGGUCCUGGGCGGUAAGAUGUACGUGUCUGGUGGUUAUGACAACACGUUUGAACUGUCAGACGUAGUGGAGGCAUAUAAUCCGACCAGCCGCACCUGGGCGCCAGCUGGGCAGCUCCCUCAGCCGACCUUCUGGCACGGCAGCGUCAGCAUUUUCCGCCAGUUCAUGCCGUUGGUGUCCAGCGCUUUCGAACCCGUUGAUCUACCGGAGUCCAACGCCAUUCACCUCCACCGGCACCGUCGUCACCAAGCACUUCACAAUCGCAACAACAAUCUCAACCAGGACCAGGAUGUAAACGCAGCACACUGA